AUGCCCGUGUCGCUUCGGCCGGGGGAUACCUCCCUCGUCGCGCACGCGAAGGCGAAGUACGUGGGCGCGACCGCGCCGAAGGAGUUCAAGCACAUCUGCGUCGCGGUCGAGAAAGCGACGAACGGCGAAGAGAUCGCGCCCAAGGAGAAGCACGUGCAAAUCUUGCUCGACGUCGUCCGCCCGGGCGCGUCCAUCGCGGACGUGUCUUUCCUCGUGAAGUACCUGAACAAGCAGAUCCAGGACACGAAGAAAUGGCUCGGGAUGUUGAAGACGCACGUGUUGAUACAUCGCCUCCUGCACGAGAGCGGGGAUGAGUUCAAGUCGCAGAUGAAGAAGGCGCAGCGCUGGACGGCGGAGGACCGCGAUCGCGACUCGCGCCUCAAGUGCAUGUUUAGCAUUCGAAACUGGAAGGACGACAACGGCGUGGACGCGAGCGAGUUAUCCGGAUGGACGCGGUGCUACGCGCGAUACCUCGAGGAGUACGUCGAAGCCCUGGACGACAUCCCGCCGUUAGGGAAGUCGAUGGGCGGCAGAGGCGGCGGGUCGUCGAGAGCGCGCGAUCGGAGCCGGUCGCGAGACCGCGACGACCGCGGGUACGGUCGCGACCGCGACCGCGGAAGCUUCGACCGCGAUCGCGACCGCGGGUACGGUCGCGACCGCGAUCGCAGCCGAUCCCCGCCGAGACGCUUCGGCGGCGGCGGCGACGCCGCGCGCCAGUGGGAGCCCGGAGACGGCACCGCGAUCCCGACGACGAUUCUUCGAAACUGCGACGAGACGGAGCUCAUGGAAAAGCUCCCGAUCGUCCAGAGCUUGAUGCGACGUCUGCUGGACUGCGAGGCGAUUAACUCGCUCCUGACGAACAACGACAUCGUCAUCGCGGGGACGUCGUUGAUCCUGCGCGACUCGUUCAAGAUCUACCGCAUGAUCAACGACGGGAUCAUCCGCCUCAUCGAUCUGUUCUUCGAGAUGGGAAAGAUCAACGCGAUGAAGAGCCUGGAGAUUUACAAACGCGCGACGUCGCAAGGCGACGACCUCGAGCGUUUCUACCGCACGACGAACCAGUGGAGCCAGUUCCGCGACGUGAAGAUGCCGAACAUCGAGAACCCGCCGUCGAGCUUCCUUCAGACGAUGGAGGAGUACGCGCGAGGCGCCUCCGCGGAGGGCGGCGGCGGCGGCGGCGGCGGCGGCGGGUACCAGGGCGGGGCCGUCGCCGCCGCGCCCGCGCGCGCGCCGCCGCCGCAAGCGCCCCCGCCCGCGCCCGCGCCGGCGACCGGUCCGCCGAGCAUCGGCACGAUGCUCGGCGGUCUGACCGUCGGCGGCGCGCUCGCGGCGGAUCCGUACCAGGCGACGCCGCCUCCGCCGCAAGCGCAGGCGGUGGCGCCGUACGCAGCGCCGGCGCAGCAGAGCUCCUCCCCGACCGCGCUCGUGGAUCCGUUCGCGGCGCCGCCGCCGGCGGUGCCGCAGCAGCAGCAGCAGCAGCAGCAGCCGGAUAAUCCGUUCGGGGCGAACCCUUUCGGCGCGGCGGAGCAGCCCAAGGUUGACGUCGCGGUGAACCUCGACGCGCUCUACGCGCAAGGCUCGGCGCCACAUUCGCAGAACCCGUUCUUGCGAGGCGGCGGCACGGGGAUGCAGCAAGGGUACGGCGGCAUGCAGCAGCAGGCGCCGCCGUCGUCGAUGGGCGGGUACGGCAUGCAGCAGCAAGGCUACGGAGGCAUGCAGCAAGGUCCGCAAAGCAUGAUGGCGCCCGGCGCGUACGGAGGCGCGCAACAGCCGGGGAUGGGCGGCGGGUACGGAGGCGUGCAGCAAGGUCCGCAAAGCAUGAUGGGGCCCGGCGGGUACGGCAACGGCAUGGGGAUGCAACAGCCGGGGAUGGGCAUGGGCGGCGGGUACGGCGCGCAGCAAGGUGGGAUGCCCCCGCCCGGGGCGCGGAUGUCCCAGCCCGGGUUGCAGCAGCAGUACGCGCCGCCGCAGUUUUCGCAGCCGAAUCAGAAUCACGGUUCCCCGACGGGGGGGCCGAGCUUGCUGUGA